AUGGGAGCUGCUUCCACGAUGUGCGCCUGCUGGGCUGGUGUGUUGGUCCAGUCCAAUCCAGACCAGGAGGUCUUGGCCGGGGUUUACACUGAACUUGGUACGCCUCCUGCCCUGUCGAUGGAGCUGGCUUCUAGGCACUGCAAGAUGGAGGAUGUCUGCGAUUCAGAGGGGCGAGUUCUUCGUUUUCGCUUUCCGCGGCUCGCUGCCCCUGCUCGAAUUCCACGCCUUCUGGGAAAACUCACGGAGCUGCAGGUCUUGGACGCGUCCAGCAGGGGGUUCUUCGGUUCUAUCCCGGCGGAACUGGGCCAGCUUGCCAACCUGCAGGCAUUGCUGCUACAGGAGAACAAUCUGUCAUGCCCUAUUCCACCAGAACUUGGCCGUCUUGGCGAACUUCGCAUCUUGAAUUUGUCAGCCAACAUCCUCAAUGGAUCCAUUCCUGACGAGCUGGGCCGAUUGGGAAAGCUGACUUCACUUCACUUGCAGCUGAACUACCUCAGCGGUGGCAUACCAGCCUCCCUUGGUCGGCUGCGGCUUCUGGAAAAAUUGCGGCUUCAAGUGAAUCGACUCGGAGAAACAAUUCCAGCUGAGCUUGGUGGGCUCAGUAGCCUUAAAGCGCUCGACCUUGCUUCCAACUAUCUGGAAGGUCCCAUUCCCGAGGAGCUGGGGAAGCUCGAGCGACUGCAGGUCCUGGACCUGGAGGACAACGCCCUGUCCGGUGAACUCCCGAAAGAGCUCGGCGACCUGACCCAGCUCCGCAUGUUGGGGCUGGGGCGAAACCAGUUGUCCGGAAGUCUGGUGCCGCUGGGGAACCUGACGAAUCUCCGUUCCUUGCGCUUGAGCCAGAACAGGUUCGCUGGGCCGAUUCCACGGGAGCUUGCGCGGCUGCGCUCUCUUGUCCAUCUGCGGCUGGAUUCCAACCGGCUGACGGGUGAGAUCCCUCCCGAACUUGGGCAGCUGCGCGCUCUGACCGCCUUGAUCCUGUAUAGCAACCAUCUCACUGGUCCGAUACCACCUGAGCUUGGCUGGUUGCGCCGCUUGCGGACUUUGUCCCUGCGUGAGAAUGAGCUGGAGGGCCCCAUCCCAGUUGAACUCCUGGAGCUGCGCAAGUUGGUCAACCUGGACCUAGCUAAGAACAAGCUCUCUGGUGGCUUGCCGAAGGACAUCGGAAAGCUUCAGAAUCUCAUGCUCUUGCAGCUUUCCGGGACCGGCUUGGGCGGAAGUCUGCCGCAGGGGCUCUGGGAGCUUGGCGAUCUCACUGGACUUUUCCUGGACGCGAAUGCCUUUGAAGGAGCGCUGCCAAAAGAAAUCGGAAACCUCCGAAAGCUCAAAGUGCUGGUCCUGCGGCAGAACUUCCUAUCUGGAAGAUUGCCACCGGAGAUGGGUGAGCUGAAGGAGCUCACGAGGCUUUUUCUGGACCAGAACUCCUUCUACGGGAAGAUUCCUCCGGAGAUUGGGAAGCUCCGGAAGCUCCAUUCGCUGCAUUUGCACCAGAACUAUUUUUGGGGGAACAUCCCGGCGGAACUGGGAGGACUUCCAGAGUUGCGCUACCUGGGCCUCUACAAGAACGGUCUGCAUGGCAACAUCCCCAAGGAGCUCGGCCAGCUCGGGAAGCUGUUUGGGUUGGCGCUGCAUCAAAAUCGUCUAAGAGGAGCCAUACCGCAGGAGCUCAGCAACUUGACAAAACUGAAGAGGCUCCAGCUGCAUCACAAUAGACUAUCUGGCAUCAUUCCGCGACAGCUGUUCUCACUGAUCUCCCUUCAGGACAUCGACCUGUCGGAGAACAGUCUCUCUGGUACAAUCCCGGCCGAGCUCGGCAACAUGACUAAGCUCGAAUGCCUCAACAUUUUCCGGAACCGCUUGAGUGGACCAUUGCCAGAGGCUCUGGGACAAUUGGAAUCCCUUCAGUACUUGGACCUCUCGGAGAACAGGCUUACGGGAAGCAUCCCGGCAGUGCUCACUCAACUCCAGCGCCUCACUCACCUCAUGCUCUCGGAGAAUCAACUUGUUGGUCCCAUCCCAGACUUCACUGGCGCGUCCGCACUUAUGGCGCUCACACUGCAUCAGAACCAGCUCUCGGGAGUCAUGCCGGCAAGCCUUACCCGGAUGCAAAACCUGGCGGUGCUGACGCUGCAUGGCAACUGGAUUUCCGGCGUCGUGCAGCCUUUGAAUCUGAAGUCCGUCUGCGCCGACAACCCACGAUUCCACAUCUACAGCAAACCAUGCCCGCUGCUGCCGAGAAUGCUCUCGGGGUUGCGGCCAGAGCAACUUCUUGCUGCUCAUGAGAACUGUCCCUUUACCUUCGUCCGGUGCCGCCACAUCCAUCCUCCUCCGGCCAGCCUCACUUUGCACCGGAAUCGGCUCUCUUGUGGAGUGCCCGUGAGUCUGAACAUGUCCCUGGUGAUGGCAACGGCAGUGAUGGGGAACAUGUUGGGGGAUGGCCAAGCUCUGAAUGCUACCUGGAUCUCUGCGGAAGAGCAACAACACUUUCUCUACUAUUCGGCCAGGGUCCUGGCCAACAACCAGUUGCUCUUUGUCGCGUUCCUUUGCCUUCUGCUUGUGGCCGUACUCCGAGGUCCGCAACUCCACGAAAGCUUCCACUGGCGUCUCCAGACUGUGGAGACCGAUCCGCCGCAUCACGCGUUGGUUUCCAUCAUUCAGCUCCAAACACUUCGUGUGUGCAUCGUCGCUUUGGCCUUCGCUGGGCUGUUGCUUCCUGCUUACCUUGCGGGAGCAGGCUACUACACCUGUGGCCAGCCUGUGGGCAAGACUACCGCAGGAUACCUGUCCGAUUCACCGGUCAUGGAGCUUGUAGUUUGCUGCCUCUGGUGCUGCACCACGACCGCCGGAACGGUGGCCUUGUUUACCAUGCCGAGGCGGAGACAUGGAGGACAUGGCAACCAGACACCGUCCCCGCGAUGCCUCGGCUCCACGUGGGUGUGCGGGCGGCGCAUCUUUUUCUGGAUGCUAUGGUUGUUCAUUGUGUCCACAGUAUCGAUGCCCUCCAUUCUGUACUCUGUGGCGCAGGCCUUGCCUGCCAACAACACCUCGGGCCUGAGCGAUCAAAUCCUGGCACUGCUCCACCGGCUCGCUCCAAUUCUCAUUGUGCUCUUGGACAUGGUGCUCACCAUGCCCCUGUCGAAUGCUUACUCCAAGCUCACUGGCAUGCGAGCCGAUCGCCUAUUGAUGUCGAUGAAGCUUUGCUCCGCUUGGUUGUUGUCCUUGCUCGCCACCUUGCUUCUGCACGAGAACUGCCUGGGAGCCUGGAAGUGGUAUUGGCAGGUCUGCGACAGAGCUGCUCCGGAGCACCAGAUGUUCAACUUGGAAUUAUGGGGCCAGCCAAUCCUCAAGACCGACGAGGACAUUUGCCAGCUCGACAGAAGCUGGUGGCGAGAUGGUCGGUGUAGUCGUUCCAUCAUUGAGGGUUUGGCCCCGCUGUUGCUGAAGAAGCUGCUGGUCCGUACUUUGGCGCAGCCUGUCCUCCUCCUUGCGACCUGGAAACUUUCCCGACUGGAGGACAACACCGCAAGCUCAGAUCGCGGACGGCAUCUAAAACUCUUCGGAAUUUGGCCAAAGACGACGAGAUCUCUCGAGCAAGCGCAGCAAGGGGCCAUGUUGACGACCUUCCUGGAAACGCUGAUUUUCUGGGGCCCACUGAUCCCUUUGGUGGUUGCUGGUGUGCUUGCAGCCGUGGUGGCCAGUUCCUGGCUGUUUGCAGUGGGCACCCGGAACUUCGGAGUGCGGCUGCCGAGUUCAGAGGGCGGCCUCAAUGCAGACUUCUCCUUGUCCUACAUGCAGGGGGCACUCUUUGCCGGAUCUGCCUUCCAGCUGUGGCAUGCCUUCGGAACUGGCAUGUGCGGGCGCCAUUUGCUGGCCGCGCAUGCUGCCCUUUUGCUUGCCUUCGUUUGCUCCCCAGCGCGGCGGCGUUUGGAGCUGGACUGGGCCAAAGCGCUUUGGGGCCGGUCCGACCUUGUGACUCGGAUCGUUUCCGAAGUCGAACUGAUGUAG